CCUCACACUCUAAACACAGGACUUGGUGAAUACGAUUUUAUUGUAGUAGGGGCUGGGUCAGCAGGUUCGGUUGUUGCAAGUCGUUUGAGUGAAAAUCCCAACUGGAAAGUGCUAUUAUUGGAAGCUGGCGGUGAUCCACCGAUUGAAUCUGAGAUACCGCAAAUGUUCAUGGGUAUAGAAAAAACAGAGCAUGAUUGGCAAUUUUACACGGAAAAACACGAUAAAUACUGUCGUAGCUUCAAGAAUGGGUGUUAUUGGCCAAGAGGCCGCAUGGUUGGAGGGUCGCAUGCAAUAAACGCGUUAAUUUAUUUCAGAGGAAAUCGUGAAGAUUUUGACAAUUGGGCACGAUUAGGCAAUCCAACGUGGGAUUAUGAUUCGGUGCUUGAAUACUUUAAGAAAACCGAACGUAAUUUAAAUCAAACACUAGUUAAUAAAGGGAAUAAAAAAUGGCAUGGCGAUGAAGGAGCAAUGCCAGUCGGACACUAUGGUGGUUCAGAUAAUAUUCGGCAUGUUUUCAUUGAAGCGGCCAAAGAAUUCGGUUACGAUUUGGUUGAUGAUUUAAAUGACGAUGUGACGCUUGGAUUCACUUAUUUGCAAGGAACGGUAAAAGAUGGUCAACGCUUCACGACGGCCAAGUCAUUGUUGGUGCCAGCAAAAGAUCGUAAAAAUUUGCACAUUAUCAAACAUGCUCAUGUGACAAAGGUGAUUGUUGACGCAUACAAUACGGUGACUGGUGUGGAAUUCACGUACAAAAAUGAGCAUAAAUUGGAUGUUAGAGCGAAAAAGGAAGUGAUUUUAUCAGCCGGAGCUGUGAGUACGCCUCAAUUGCUUAUGCUAUCAGGAAUUGGACCAAAGGAACAUUUGAAACAAUCCGGAAUUCCAGUGAUUAAGGAUUUACCUGUUGGCAAAAAUUUGCAAGAUCAUGUGAUUGCGCCGAUUCUAUUCCAAUUCCAUAAGUCAACGGCUGUGGCAGAAUCAAUCAUCGACCAACUGGAUGAUCUUUAUCAAUAUGCCAUUCAUCGAAGCGGGCCAUUAGCUGGCAUCGGGACCAUCAAUUUGGCUGGUUUGAUUAAUAGCGAAAAUCAUACAGGUUUUCCAGAUAUUGAAAUGCAAUGCUUUGAUUUUCGAAAAGGCUCUCUAGUCUUGGAAAAGGGCUUGCGAACGUUGGGGUACUCGGAAAAUGUGAUUGAAGCAUUUGUCGGCGCAAAUGCUGAAGGCGAAGUGAAUAAUGUCUACGUAGAAUUGCUACGGCCCGAAUCGACUGGAGAAAUACUGCUGAAAAGUGCAAAUCCAUUUGAUGCGCCCAGAAUUAUUCCGAAUUACUUUGAAAAAGAAGAGGAUAUAAAAACAUUGGUUCGAGGAAUUCAAUAUAUAACAAGCUUUUUGGACUCAAAGUCAUUCAAAGAGCACGAAGGUGAAUUGGUUCGAAUAGUAUUUGAUGAUUGCGAUAAAUUCGAGUACAGAUCUUAUGACUAUUGGAAAUGUUAUUUGAGUCAUAUGGGCACAACCGUAUAUCACCCGGUUGGCACUUGCAAAAUGUCAGAUACGGACGAAGAUGCGGUCGUAGACAGCGAACUAAGGGUUAAAGGCAUCAAAGGUCUUCGUGUUAUCGAUGCAAGUGUUAUGCCGAAAAUUGUCAGCGCCAAUACCAACGCCGCGACGAUCAUGAUCGGGGAAAAAGGCAGUGAUUUCAUUAAAUCAACAUGGCAAAAGAAAACCGAUAAAACAGAACUAUAAUUUUGUUUUUCUUUUUUUUCUUAUUUCAAGGGUUUUGGUUCAAAUACUAACAAUGUAAAUAAAGGAAUGCUUUAGUUA